AUGCCUUCGCCGAUGACCAAAGGACUUAAUAUACCCACAGGCCCUCUGGCUUUGCUCAGGUGCAUUUCGGAGUUGAAACUGGCACCAAACACAGCCAACAUGCACUCAUUCACAUCUACCUUCUACGUCCUCGCUCUUGCUCCCAUUCUCCUCCCCUCUCGCGUGGCAGCACAUCCUAUAAGGAUCCAAAAGAGCACCCAUAUCACCAGCACCGCUGCCCAGAUUGCUGUUACUAAAGCAGAACCCUCAUAUCCCAUCCUCUUCGCACGCGAGAUUGACUUUACAGGACCUGAGGCUGAUAGCACUCCUGGUGUCAUAGAUAAUACCUCGAAUGCCGAUCAUUUGACUUCAAUUAUCUUUGACGCAGCGAUUGAUACUGAGGCCACAGCCUCUCCUCGUAGUACCAAACGAACAAGUACCUCAGCGUCGACCAUCCCUAUCGUCGUCCCUCUUUCAGAAACCUACGAGCUACAAUUACCUUCCUCGACCAUUACAUCGACAUCUAACGAGCCCACAUCCACUCCGACUCCGAGUUCGUCGUCGAACGUUGUCGAAAUGCCUGUCUACGUCGUCCCAGCUCAAGCCGCUCCUCAGAUGCUCGAGCAGAUGGCAUCCAUCUCCAUCAGCAGUGAUAUCGGCACCUCUUUGAAUAUCCCUGAUGCCACAAGCCUCCCCAAUCUCAAAGCGACAACCUAUACGUCUUUGGACGCCUCGAGCAGUACCUCCACAGAGAGCAUUCUCUUCAAUACGAAUAUUCAAGUCUUGGUCAUUGCACUCUUGCUCAUCACCACCUUCGGGGCUGGCAGCCUUAUCUACCUUUGCUGGAAGAGGUGUAAACGAGCCCAUAAAGAGACUGCUGCCAGGGCUGCGAUCACAGACAACCAAAUCACCGAUCAAGAAGCUGGUCUCGACAUCAAAGAGUCUAUCGAAGAGAUUGCGGACUAUAAGAGAGGAGUAGCUCCAGCUGGAGAAACUGGACCCCAUUCCCGACCUGCACAAUUUUCCGACCAGGGAUGGGGCGACUACUCCCU